AUGCCGUUGCCCGAACAUGAUACGCAGGCCCAAUUCUCCUUCCCGGCUGAGGAGGAAAAGGUGCUGGCAUACUGGCAAGAAAUUGAUGCGUUUGCAGAGUCGCUGAGGCAGAGCGAGGGCAAGCCGGACUUCAGCUUCUACGACGGUCCACCGUUUGCAACCGGUCUGCCACACUAUGGCCAUCUGCUCAUGGGCACCGUCAAAGACGUCGUCACUCGCUUUGCGCAUUCGAACGGUUUCCAUGUAGAACGACGGUUUGGAUGGGAUUGCCAUGGCUUGCCUGUCGAGCACGAGAUUGACAAGAAGCUCGGCAUCACGGGCAAAGAAGACGUGAUGGCCAUGGGUAUCGAUCGAUACAACGCAGAAUGUCGCGCUAUCGUCAUGCGCUACUCUGCAGAAUGGAGGCAGACCGUCGAACGGAUGGGCAGAUGGAUCGACUUUGACAAUGACUACAAGACACUUCAGCCUACUUUCAUGGAGUCUGUCUGGUGGGUCUUCAAGCAGCUCUGGGAGAAGAAGCUCGUCUAUCGCGGUCUGCGCGUCAUGCCCUAUUCGACCGCCUGUACCACCCCGCUGUCCAAUUUUGAGGCCGGCUCAGAUUAUCGCGAUGUCGACGAUCCCGCAGUGACGGUGUCGUUCCCGCUCGUGGAUGAUCCAAAGACGCUUCUGCUCGCUUGGACUACCACCCCUUGGACAUUACCGUCCAAUGUUGCGCUUUGUGUCCACCCCGACCUGACGUACAUCAAGAUCCACGACACAGAGAAAGAUCAGACCUUUGUACUAUGUGAUCAGCUCUUGACGACGCUCUACAAAGAUCCCAAAAAGGCGAAAUUCACCAAGCUUGGCGUCUACAAAGGCUCCGAAAUGGUCGGAUGGAGGUACGAGCCCAUCUUCGACUAUUUUGUAGACAAGUUCCGCGAUAGAGGUUUCAAGGUCGUCGCAGAUACGUACGUCACCGCGACGAGCGGCACGGGCAUCGUCCACCAAGCGCCUGCAUUCGGUGAUGAGGAUCACCGUAUCGGCAUCCGCGAGGGCAUCGUCAGCAAAGACGAGAUGCCGCCGUGUCCUGUCGAUGGUAGCGGUCUCUUUACGGACGAAGUGCCUGAUUUCAAGGGUCAGCAUGUAAAGGCGGCAGACAAAGCCAUUAUGAAAUUGCUCAAAGAACGAGGGCGUCUCAUCGUGCAAUCCUCCAUCAAUCACUCUUAUCCGUUUUGCUGGAGAUCCGGGACUCCGCUGAUCUACAAAGCAAUUCCAGUCUGGUUCGUCAGCGUAGAACCAGUCAAGGACAAGCUGCUGGCCAACAACAACGCCACGCGAUGGGUGCCGCAGUCCGUUGGCGAUGCACGAUUCUCGAGCUGGCUUGCAAAUGCACGCGACUGGAACGUCUCUCGCAAUCGAUACUGGGGCACACCGUUGCCUAUCUGGGUCAGCGAUGAUCUCGAGGAGAUGGUCUGCGUAGGCUCCAUCGACGAGCUCAACGAGUUAUCUGGCUGCGGACAGUUGGCAGACAUCCAUCGAGACAAAAUUGACGACAUCACGAUACCAUCAAAGCAAGGCAAGGGACGUCUGCGUCGUAUCGAAGAAGUCUUUGACUGCUGGUUCGAGAGCGGAAGUAUGCCGUACGCGCAGGUUCACUACCCUUUCGAAAACAAGGAGCGCUUCGAAGCCAGUUUCCCUGCGCAGUUCAUCUCAGAGGCAAUAGAUCAGACGAGAGGCUGGUUCUAUACCUUGCUCGUGCUGGCAACGCAUCUCUUUGACACGGCGCCGUGGCAGAACCUCAUCGUUUGUGGCCACGUCUUGGCAGAGGAUGGCAAGAAGAUGAGCAAGAAGCUGCGGAACUAUCCCGAUCCGACGCUGCUCAUCAACAUGUACGGGGCGGAUGCUGUCAGGUUAUUCCUCAUCAACUCGCCUGUCGUUCGGGGCGAGAGCUUGCGAUUCAGAGAAGCGGGCGUCAAGGAUGUCCUCACUCGCGUGCAGCUUCCAUGGCUCAACUCGUUCAGAUUCUUCUUGCAACAGACCCAUCUGCUCAAAGUGGAGUCAUCCGUCGAUUUUGUCUACGAGCCUCAUCGCAAGAUCACCAACAUCAUGGACCGCUGGAUCCUUGCUCGAUGUCAGUCGCUCAUCCAGCUUGUAUCGGAAGAGAUGGCAGCCUAUCGCUUGUAUACAGUCACGCCACGAUUGCUCGAUCUUGUCGACGAGAUGACCAAUUGGUACAUCAAAUUCAAUAGGUCACGACUGAAAGGCGCGGAGUCGAUCGAAGACGCUCUCGAUGCUCUCAACACACUGUUUGAAGUUCUGCUGACACUGUCCAGGACCAUGUCUGCCUUUACACCUUUCAUUACAGAGAACAUUUACCAGUCGCUGCGCAAAUUCUUGCCGACUUCGACAGACGAGCUCGGUAUGGGCAAAGACAUCCGCUCGGUCCACUUUCUGCCGUUCCCGACAGUUCGUCAAGAGUACUUUGAUCCGGUCAUCGAGCGCAAAGUCAAGCGAUUGCAAGCCGUCAUCGAGCUCGGCAGGCGAAUGCGUGAUACCUGUCGCGUCAGCCUGCGGACGCCCUUGCGGGAGCUCAUCGUGUACCACCCAGAACAGCAAUAUCUUGAUGAUCUACAAGAGCUGUCUGGCUUCAUCACAGGCGAACUCAAUCUGCGCUUUCUGACAACGACGACCGACGAGGACAAAUGUGGGGUUCGAUGGUCCGUGCAAGCAGAUUGGGCUACUUUGGGCAAGAAGCUGCGCAAGGAUAUGGCUAAAGUCAAGAAGGCUUUGCCUGAUGUGACUUCGCAAGAGGUCAAGAAGUUCGUCGAUACGGGAUCGAUCGAGGUUGCCGGCAUUGCUCUCACGCGAGAAGAUCUCAAGGCAAGCCGCUAUGUGGAGCUCUCAGCUGCAAAGACAGGCGGCGAUGGCAAAUUCCUGAGCGAUACCGACUUUGAUGCCGUGGCCUUGCUGGACACACUUGUCAGAGCCGAAGACGAGCAAGCUGGACUUGCUCGCGAGCUGGUCAAUCGAGUCCAGAAAGCGCGCAAGGCAGCAGGCUGCAUUGCGACGGAUGUACUCGAUGUCUACUUCAAGACAGUCGAAUCUGCUGACGAGGCAUCGCUCGAAGCGCUCAUCCAGGCUCAGACGGACAAUAUCCUCAAGACGCUCAAAUCUGUACCCAUGCCUUUCAGCCAGCUACCUCACGGAGCUCAACCGUUCUGGGAGUCGGACGCCACGGACAUCAACGAAUGUGGCGAGCAUCGCUUUACGCUGCAUCUCCUGCGUGCAGCAAACUAG